AUGUCUUAUCAAACAAUCAUUUCCAUGCUCCGCAGGGAAAAGGAACAGGCCAAUGGGGCUGAAAAGACCGUCCAGCAUACAAAUGACAAUGUACAAACACAAUACGAAACAGACAUGUCCCACUCAGACCCCGAGCAAGCAGCACCCAUCACACCCAAAGAGACAUACCCAGAAGGCGGAAAAGCUGCCUACCUCGUCGUCUUGGGGAGCUUCAGCGCCAUCAUGGGCGGCCUCGGCCUGAUGAACAGCAUCGGCAUCUACCAGUCCUGGAUAUCCAGCCACCAGCUCCAAGACGUCGGCGAGGGGAAACGGGGUUGGAUCUUUGGGCUGUACAACUUCAUGGUCUUCUUCUGCGGGAUACAGAUCGGGCCCGUCUUCGACGUGUAUGGACCGACGUGGCUCAUGGUCGGGAGUCUCGUGCUGUACGUGGCGACGUUUGCGUCCCUCGGGUUCUGCGAGGAGUACUGGCACUUUCUGGUGGUCGUGGGUCUCGUCGCCGGCGCGGCGACGUCCAUCGUCUUUGUCGUGCCCGUCGCGACGCUGGGCCAGUACUUCAACGUCAAGCGCGGGGCGGCGACGGGGCUGGCCAUGGCUGGGGGAAGUCUCGGGGGAGUCAUGUAUCCUCUGGUUUUUGACGCCUUGAGCGACGAUGUCGGGUUCGCUUGGACGACCCGCGCGAUCGGGCUGAUUACUGUCGUCUUGCUGCUGGUGGGGUGUGUUCUUGUGCGUCCUAGAAAGGCCUUUUACAAGAGUAAACCGGCUGAUACGAGCAUUCUCCCUGAUUUCCGAAUCUUGUUGCGACCUGCUGUUCUGCUGAUGACGGUCGGCGUCUUCUUUAUCGAGUGGGGGUUCUUCAUUGGCCUUGAGUAUGUCGCGUCGUAUUCCCUUGCCCACGGCAUCAGCCAGAGGCUCUCGUAUCUGAUGGUGGUCUUUCUAAACGCUGGUUCGUUUCCCGGGAGGUGGCUGCCUGGAUUUGUCGCGGACAGAUUUGGUCGGAUGAAGACGAUGAUUGUGACGAAUGCCCUGUGCAUCGUCGCUAUGCUUGCGAUUUGGCUUCCGGCGAACGGUAACGUUGUCGCUGUUGUGAUAUUCUCCGUCGUCUUCGGCUUCGCCAGUGGCAGUAACAUCAGCCUGGUGCCCGUUUGCGUAGGCGAGUACUGCUCUACGGAGAACUACGGGCGGUAUUAUUCUACAGUGUAUACUGUUGUUAGCCUCGGGGCAUUGACGGGUGUGCCGAUUGCUGGCGAGAUACUUGCGAGAUCUGGAGGGGGAUAUUCAGGUUUAAUCAUCUUUGCAGGAGUUGCCUACGUUGCUGGAACGAUUUGCUUCGUGAGUUUGGUGAUAUUUAAGAAGUAUCUAUCUUGA